UGAAUCUAUAUAAACCUCUGGGCGAAAUUGAAAUUGAAAUUAUUUGAACAAAGUCAAAGAAAUUAGAACAAAAUGUUGGCACUAGCGUUAACGUGUCUGAUAGCAGCUGUGUCUGCACAAACAAUUCCAUGUGGAGUACCCACUGUUCAACCAAUCCAAAGCCGUAUUGUCGGAGGUGUCGUUGCUACGCCUGGCUCAUGGCCAUGGCUGGUACUGUUGGUGGACGACCUCGGCUACAUCUCUGGCAGCGGUGUCCUCAUUGACCAGCAUGUGAUUCUCACAUCCGCCCAGCAUUUUGAGGGGUAUGGUUACGACCUUUAUGAUAUGGACGUUCGUAACUGGCGUAUAUAUGCUGGCGAGUACAACAUCUCGACCACCGAUCCAAACGAACAGAGGUACCACAUUAAGCGCGUGGUCAUUCAUCCUGGCUACAACAUCACUUCCCUGGAGGCCGACAUUGCCCUCGUCAUCACAUCAGCACCCAUCACGUUCAACGACCACACACGCCCUGGCUGUCUGCCCACCCAAGCCACAAAAGCCCCUGUUGGAACACUGUGUUAUCUGCCAGGUUGGGGAGGUACUAGAAACACUGGAAACGAGGAGGUGAUGAACCAGGUUGACCUGCCUAUCCUUGACGACUCUGUCUGCAUGCAGCACGACCCCUACUUCAUCCCCAACACAGAGAUGUGCGCCGGCUAUGAGAAUAAGGGCAAGGACUGGUGCUGGGACGAUCUUGGAAGUCCCCUGAUGAGCAAGGCCAACAGCGGUGCUUGGGUCAUCCAAGGUCUGGCCUCAUCUGGUGGCAACUGCACGCUUGCUGAUGAGCCCAGCAACUUUGAAGAUGUUUCGAUGUACACAGAUUGGAUCAGGACCACGAUGGAACAGGCUGGAUACCCUUACCAGUAUUAAAAGGCAGCUUGACUGUGUGUUAACUUGAUACAGAAAUUGAUGUGUUAAGAUAUCAACAAAUAAAGACCUAAACUUGUAAAA